CAUGGCCAGGCCCGUUUGCACCGCAUGAGCGCACCGCAUCACCAGCUUGAUACGAACUCUCUCAGUUCAGGGUCUUCCUGGUUUUCCUCGUCCAAAAUCCCUGUUCCUGCUACUGCUGCUUAACCAGGUGGAGAGAGAGAAUCGAGAUGCCGUCUCUGCAGACAGCUUUGCCUCCGGAACUCGCGGACAGUGUCAUAAGGCUUUAUCGCGAGUGCCUUCGAAGAGCGAAAUACAUAGGGCAUCAGCAACACAAUACUCAGCUUCUUGUCAACUUGGUGAGGCAGCAAUUUAGAAGGAACAUGCAUGAGACAGAUCCUGAGAAAAUCCAGAAACUAAAGGAUGAUGCGGCGAGGGGGCUGAUAAACCAUAUACUGUAUGAAUCAGAGAAGAUGACGGGUCGCAAAUUCAGCAAAGGCUCGUAAUGUCAUAGUUUAUCAUAUGUUUCAAAGGAUAUGUUAAAGAGGUUUUGACUGUCUAUGAAGUAAAUUUUGCUUCAUUAGCCAGAAGACACCUCUUCUUGUAUUCCCCAUUGUUGCAUUGGAUGGUGAUGGUAACAUAAAACUGCAAGCAAUUUGCACUGCAGAAACGGACAUGGGUCAGUGGGUUGCUUUUGGAGGUCUACCAAUGGAUAUGGUCACAAUAUGUGAUAAUGUCACAACUUGGAAAGGAAAUGCAUUUGACUGCAGGAUCGAUUUUCACGGCAA